GAGGUUCGAUUGCCGGAAAAAUAAUCUCAGAAAUUCCAAAACAAUCCGGCAACAGCCCGACGAUCUUCUCUCUAAUUGUUAGAAUUAUCUGUAUUUGAUUGAGCCAUCUGUAGAAGAAUUAGGGCAAUCAUUUUGUAUAUUUCUGCUUCUUCGGAUCGCUAAUUCUCUUGAUAUACGUACUUGGGUAAUGGAGGAAUGUGCAUGCAUAGUAAGGUAGUACUUUGAGUGACAAUGUCCGGAGAUGAAUAUAACGAUCAUGAUGUUCUUUUGCGCUCGGACCCACUUGCUAUACAGAGCGAUAUAGAGCAUCAGGGCGAGAAUAGGAGCAAUAAAGGGUUCACAGAUCUGCUUAAUAUAUUGGAUCGAGGUCUUUCUGGCCGGCGAUUCAGUUAUAGUCGUUCCGGCAGACACCAUUCGCCGUAUGCUGAUCGUCGUACCGGAACAAUCAGCGGAGAUUAUGGAGACGAUGUCCUUGCUGAAAGUGCUCCUCCGGAAUGGGCUUUGCUGCUUAUUGGUUGCCUCCUUGGCCUUGCUACGGGUGUCUGUGUUGCUGCCUUCUACCGUGCAGUGCAUAUAAUACAUGAAUUUGUUUGGGCUGGGACCCCAAAUGAGGGGGCUGCUUGGCUUCGAUUGCAGAGGCUUGCUGACACUUGGCACCGGAUACUUUUAAUACCAGUUACAGGAGGGGUUAUUGUUGGAAUGUUGCAUGGAUUAAUUGAAAUAUUACAGCAAAUAAAUCAGUCAGCUUCUGCUUAUGGACAAGGAUUUGAUUUGUUAUCUGGAGUUUUCCCUGUAAUAAAAGCUAUUCAGGCUGCAGUGACUUUAGGUACAGGAUGUUCAUUGGGUCCUGAAGGCCCUAGUGUAGAUAUUGGUCAGUCAUGUGCCCGUGGAUGCUCAGUGAUGAUGGAAAACAACAGAGAAAGGAGACUAGCUCUUGUUGCUGCCGGUGCAGCUGCUGGGAUUGCUUCAGGUUUUAAUGCUGCUGUUGCUGGGUGUUUCUUUGCCAUUGAAACAGUUUUAAGGCCUUGUGGUGCUGAAAACUCCCCUCCAUUUACAACUGCAAUGAUAAUCCUAGCAUCUGUUGUUUCAUCUACUGUCUCAAAUGCUAUACUUGGAGAGAUACAGGCUUUUACAGUUCCCAAGUAUCAAUUGAAAUCUGCAGCUGAGCUACCUUUAUACCUGAUACUUGGUAUGCUUUGUGGAAUUGUAAGUGUGGUCUUCACACGUUUGGUCGAAUGGAAUACUAAAGCAUUUGAAUUUAUUAGAGAGAAGUUUGGUGUUCCUGCUGUUGCAUGCCCUGCUUUGGGUGGUUUAGGAGCUGGAAUAAUAGCUCUCAGGUAUCCUGGAAUACUCUACUGGGGUUUCAAUAAUGUCAAUGAAAUACUUCAUACAGGAAAGAUAGCUUCAGCACCUGGAAUUUGGCUGCUUGCACAGUUGGUGAUUGCGAAAGUUUUUGCCACAGCCCUAUGUAAAGGAUCUGGGCUUGUUGGUGGGCUAUAUGCACCGAGUUUGAUGAUUGGUGCUGCUGUUGGUGCUGUAUUUGGCGGGAUAUCUGGAGAGAUAAUCAAUGCGGCAAUUCCAGGGAAUAGUGCUGUUGCAGAGCCACAAGCUUAUGCGCUGGUUGGAAUGGCUGCUACACUGGCUUCAGUUUGUUCGGUGCCCUUGACGUCUGUUUUACUUCUCUUUGAGUUGACAAAAGAUUACACAAUAUUGCUUCCUCUCUUGGGAGCUGUUGGGUUGGCAAUAUGGGUACCUUCAGUGACCAACCAGCCAAAGGAAGGUGAAACAUCUGAUUCAAGGAAUUGGACAAGGGGUUAUUCUCCACUUUCACCUACAGGGGAUGAAAAUAAAGGCAUUUGGAGACAUACGAACGACUCGAAUGGGUUAGAGCUUACUGUGGUUCAGAACAAUACUGACCUUGAAACAAUUGACGAGGAUAUCAUUCUUGAAGAUAUGAAGGUUUCUCAAGUCAUGUCGAUCAAUUAUGUGAAAGUUUCAGGGAACACGAACUUGAAAGAGUCAAUCAUAAUCAUGCAUGAUAACCGACAGAAAUGUGUACUUGUGGUAGAUAAUGAAAAUUUUCUAGAGGGGAUCUUAACAUAUGGCGAUAUUAGACGAUUCUUUUCAAGAAAGUAUGGCGAUGUUCCCACCAGUGAAAUACCACCUGAUGACGUUGAAAAGUAUCAGGUUUCUUCCAUAUGCACCAGAGGAAUUAAGUACCGCGGGAGAAGGGGAGGACUACUAACUUGUUACCCAGACACUGACUUGGUAAUUGCAAAGAAGCUAAUGGAGGCAAAAGGAAUAAUGCAACUUCCAGUCAUAAACCGGGGAAAUCUUCAAAAUGAAAGAAGGCGUAAAGCUGCUGCUGUCCUUUUUUAUCAUUCUGUUAGCGCCUGUCUGAGAGAGGAGAUGAGCCGCAGGAAACUGGGCUUUCGCGAGAGAAACGAUGAUCGUUGAGGAAAUCUAGAGCGACCAUCGUUGUUGUGCAAAGUCAGCACAUCUCAAAGAGCAUCAUAGGAUAGGAUGGCUCGAAUUUCUUUUAUAACAAUGAAGAAGGGGAAAUAUGAUAGCAAAACUCUUUUUUCUAUGAAUUGUAGCAUAUCUCACAUACAUAGCAAUUAGACAAUAGACAAGAGACAUUUCAUAGAAGAAUAUUAAUGUAGUAUCAAUAUUUUCCUAAUCUAAUAAAAGAAAGAAUCUAACAUGAUAUUGAUUCCUUUUGAUU